GUGUGGCGAAACGCAUACUCAUGAACGUAAAAAUUGUACCUAUGAAUGUCCUAAACAACUUAUCUGUGGUCAUUACUGUGCUAAAGGAUGUGCCAAACCUGACGAGCAUACGAAACGAUGUCUAGAAAAGUGUAAUUAUGUAUGCUCUCAUGGAUAUGCUUGUACUCGCGAUUGCUGGAAGGAUUGUAUCAAAUGUGUUAGUCAGUGUCCUUAUGAAUGUCAGCAUUACAAGUGUACCAAGCAGUGCAACGAGAGAUGUGAUAGACCUCCAUGUAAUGAACCUUGCAAACAAAGAUUAAAUUGCGGACACAAGUGUGCUGGUUUGUGUGGUGAACCUUGUCCUCCUUGUAUAAAGUGUCAAGGAAACUUACAAUGUUCAAUUACUUUACGCUAUCUUUACGAGUUUGAAGAAAAUGAGAGAUUAUAUGUGUUGCCUCAAUGUGGAUGUGUAUUUUCUGUUGAAGCCCUUGAUCAAUAUUUUAAUACAGAAGUCAUGAACGGAAAGCACACCGCCGUUCGACUCUGGGGCUGUCCCUCCUGCGCAAAAACUAUCUACACCGCAUUACGAUACAGCAAUUAUAUCAAGACGGAAAUUACCCUUGUCAACGCAAUCAAACAAAAGCUGGAAAAGGAGCGCCAAAAGAUUACGUUCCAUGAAAGAUCCCAAAUCAUUGCCGCUAUGAAUGAGGAAGUAUCUUUUGGUAUUCAUAGCGUGGUCGGCGGUAGAUGGUUUGUCUGCGAGAACCAACACCCUUACUAUAUCGGCGAGUGCGGUGGAGCCACCGAGGUAUCCCAGUGCCCGGAAUGUGGUGCCGCGAUCGGAGGUCUACAGCACAAGGUCGUGGAUACCAAUCGUUUCUACGGUGAGUUUGAUGGGUCAGAGACUCCCGCUUGGCCGGGACAGCCUGUGCAGAAUAACCAACCCGAUAUCCCUGAUUUGCGACCGCAAUAAUUCCAUCCUCCUUGUCUAUAUACAUUUCAUCACUCUUUAUAUAUUUACGCCU